AAUUUGUUUUUCUACUUCGACGUAGAAGAAGAAAAAAACUAUUCGAAUUUUGUAAAAGCGCCCAAUGGCGCAAAAAGAGGCAUAAAUAAAAAUGCGUAAAAGUGCGCAUCUUCCUCGCACAUCUCGAGUUAAUGAUAAAAUAAGAGAAUAUUACUUAAAAUUUGGACAGGACCGUGAUUUGGAAAAGUACAUGCGUCUCUAUUCACCAUGCGGAAGUCGCAGCGAUUGCAGAAGCCGUACCAGUACAACAACUGACAGCAGUUGUCGCAGUGAGGAUGAAGGACGCAGCAUUAGACGAUUAUUUCAUCAAGAAACGGAUACCACCACUGAAAGUGAAUGUGAGCCAAAAGAGUUUAUAGUACCAAUAAAAAUGCAGUCUGAAAACACAAUUGGAAAGUGUCUGAUGUCGAAAGUAGACGAGUGCACUUCAUCUGCGCCUGACCUACAUACACCACCACCCAGUAAUCUCAGAAAGGGCCAAACUAAACAAACACAAACACCGGAUUCAAUAGCCAAGUCGCACAGACGUCUCGAAUGGGAUUCCUUAGGUGACGUUGGCUAUAAGAAGUCAUUAUCCACUAGCAACAUCAGUAUUUUAGAACGUUCUGUGCUUAAAGAAUAUUUUCAAGAAAUUUCAUCCAUCAGCAGUUCGAAAAAAAUAGUUGAUAAAGCUGUUAGCACAAAAACAAUGAAAAACCUUGUAGAUGCAGAAAUUCAAACAACAAAAAAAUCGGAGAAAACUUCAAAGCAAAAUAUGCCCGAAAGUAAUACACCACCUUUAGCCUCCAGUACAAUGAUGCAAUCGAAUAAAGCGAAGCACAGCAAAUCUCAACCUAAAUUAGUUUCUAAAAGCACAUCGAUGUCACUACAAAAGAGAUAUGAUCAGUAUGCGCAAACAUCUAUAUAUGCGCCGCCGCAGCACACAUCUCGUGAAGUACAAGUGACGCUGUCCAAUACGCCAUCAGCCACAUCUUCAACUGACAUUGGCACUGCAACGCCAAGCAGUUUCGAUUACUAUUCAUCACGCUCUACACGUUCUACAACAGACGAUGAUAAUCGCGCUGAGAAAAGUGCAUUAAAAAGUGUGCAUAAAAAUGUUAUAAAAUCCAAGAUAAACGAAAAGACUGUGCAUCCAUUCGUAGCGGAAAUUAAUGAAAUGUUAGCAGCUUGCAAAGGAGGUGGCACAAGUAAGCAACAUAGUUCCAAACAGGCUAGCAUAGCAGCGGAUUUACAAAAAGUGCACGACACUUUACAGCAAGUUAUAAGUGAGAAUAAAGAAAACGCUUCAGCAACUUCAUCGCUCAUCAACUCGCCACAGCUAGAUUUAGGCAUACAACUGUUGUGUUCUCUAAUAGAUGCACGUAGCUUAAGUCAGAGGCAAAAGAAAAGACUGGUGCGAGACAUUGUUAAGCGCAUAUCUACACUCAACCCAGAAGACGAUAAUAAUGCCGUUGUUUCUCACAUUAAUAAUGCGAUAACUGCACAAGCGGAGAUAAGUGAGACACAAAUGAACGAAAAUAAAAAUGGGGAAGCAACACUACAAACAAAUUCGGCGGUCACGUUGGCAAGGACUGCCAAAGCUACAAUGGACAUGAGCGAAUUGGCAAGUAAUUUACCUUCAAGCACAAGCAGCGAAGGUGUUGACGAACAGCUUGUACGUGUAAAUGUUUUAAAGAAACCAUCGUUGCCCACAACGUCUGCCAAGGCACGGGCGCAAUUGGCAAAUAAAAAUACUGAGCAUGUGGAGAAAUUACCAAUAACGCAAUUACGUAUAAGUGCUGGUACGCAAGUUGAGGAGUCAGAUGUGACACAACCAAAAGAUAAUAUGCCGGGAGUUGCAGGAAGUUUAGAAUUUGAGAAAAAAUCAACAACAAAAGCGCCUGCAAAUCUAGAUAAAGACACCGAUAAAGAUUCCUCUGCAUCUAAAGCUAGCACUACAUCCAAAGACCUCACAACACAGAAGGCAUUAAUAGAUAUUGAAAGCGGUGGCACCUCCGACACAGACGGAGACGUCGCCGCGCACUCUACCAUGCGCGAGUGGCUAAAUCCUAUGACGCAAUCUGAAAUUGAAUAUGAGCAGAAGAAGUUGGAAGUGGUAAGUAUAGCCGCUAGAAAAAAUAAACUAGCCAAAUGCUUGGAAAGUGACAAAAUCGAGCCCGAACGACAAUCACAAUUGCAGUGGAUACAAUCAGAAAUUGAACGCUUAGAAACCUUACGUUGUCUGUUGCUAAAGCCAAAUAUGGAGCGUGUGCAUACUUUGGAAAAUAACGCAGUAUCACCACUAAAUGUGGAAAAGUUGUACGACACUGUUUUUACGGACACGAAAGUGGUAUCCGUGUCCGGCACGACAACGACGACAUCCACCGCACAUAGCAAUGAGAGUGACAAACCAGCGAUGCAGGAAAUCGAGGUGAUAAUUGAGGAGUCCAACGAGGAUGAAAUACAGUUGGACAAGAAAACGAAAACUUCAAAACAACGUAAACGUGAAACGCAAAUCAUUUACGACAAACCCACUGAAGCGACAAAUAUAUAUGACAACUUAGUGGCAGGUAAAGCGCGUUUCCGUACUAUGACCGAAACCGUUACAAUUAAAGAAGAGCAGGUAUUGCCAACAACAGCUACAUUAACGGAUGAGGCACGAGCACCACCGAAACAGUUGCCAACUGCCAAGGAACGCACGCAGCAGCGCUCCAAGAUUGACACACCUUCCGUUGACAGUAACGACAGCGAGAGUGUACGGUCCUUCGCACAGCAACGCAAACGUGAGUUCCUCGAGCAAUAUCGCAAUAAGAGACGCACACACUACGAGUCAUUGCUACACCAGCAGCAACAAAUGUUAAUACAACAACAACAGCAGAUAAUACAAGAAUUGCAGCAGCGCUGCAAUACAAUCACGCAUAGCGCAGCGGCGCCAACGACUGCACACUAUUCGGUGCCACACAAUUUGCCCAAUGCCUAUUGUCCAUGUGCCACAGCGCCGCAACCGCCCUACCAUCAAGCGUAUUUCCAACAACAACAACACAACAAAAUGUGUGCGCAAGCGCGCACAAAUACAAGACGUUCACUAACGGCGCAACCACACUGCCCACCGCCAUGUCCACCGCGUGUGCAAUCACAACAAGCGGAUGCGCUCAAUUACUCACAUAAAACACAAACCGUACACAGCGAGCAAUCGACUUCAUCAAUAUUUUGCAUUUCAUCUGAGGUCUCCAUACCGAUGGGUACAAGCAGCACAACAAGUUCCACCACGACAACUACACACCAGUAUGAUGAUGUUGCCGCCGUAACGGCGGCUGUGCCAGCAGUGGGUGUACAAACUGGUGACUCGCUGCGUCGUUCACAACCGAUUUUCGGUAAACGUUUCCAAUAUAACGGCGUACGUAUGAGUGCGCCACACUGCUACGCAUACAAUCCACAACCCGUUAGUUCGGGUCAAUCGAUUUGUGUGCAAGUGAAACCGAAAGCCAUCGCUUAUGUCAUACAAUUCGAGAAGAAAACUACAUCGUCAACAACAACAACAACCACCACAACAACUGGCGCUACAACAGCCUCCGCCGCCGCCAGCAAUCAGUCCACACCGCAACACAGCAGUGAGAGCAACGAUUUGCAUGGCGUGGAUUCGGAAGUGUGCGCCCUGCAGGACUAUCUAGUACGUGCCAAACCGCAAUUCAUUGCACACACCAAGGAGCGCAAAGCCAUACUCAAUCAAAUACAAAUGCUACGCGAGCAGCGUGGCAGAGAAUUGCGCGACAUCAUUGAGAAUGCCAGCGACAACUCGUUGGAGACACGUUUGCAACAUUUGCCACCACCCGCAACCAAGCGUUUGCGCAUUUUCGCCACCAAAGAGAUGAAAGCCAUGACACAGCGGCAUUGUGAAAAUUUACCGGAGGUCUUAAAGCAGCAAGAACGUAAGCGCGAAGAGCGACGUCGCCAAGGAAAUCGUCUAAUCAGAGAUCUCUUUAAUCAGCGCUUGCAACGUCGUGUGCGCACCGGAAAAUUAUCAUUAAACCAUAGUAAAACCGUCAUUUAGAGGAGAGAAUUAUAUUUAUAUAGUGAAUUUGAAAAUUUAGUAAAGAAAAUAAAUAAUAAAAAAUAAUAAAAAUGCA